UCGUGUUUAGUUGCAUUCUCUCUCUCUAUCUCUCUCUCUCUCUCUCUCUGGACUCACUGGUCUAGCGGUAGAGAAAUGGCUCGAGCGGGAGGAAUAACGAACGCAGUGAACGUAGGGAUAGCAGUUCAAGCAGAUUGGGAGAAUCGAGAGUUCAUUUCUAACAUCUCCCUCAACGUCCGCCGCCUCUUCGAUUUCCUCGUCCAAUUCGAGGCUACAACGAAGAGCAAAUUGGCAUCACUAAAUGAGAAGCUUGAUACCCUAGAGCGCCGUCUAGAACUGCUUGAAGUUCAAGUGGGUACUGCUGCAGCCAACCCUUCAAUAUUUAACACGUGAUGUUCACUAGAUCAUGGGAUGUUUGAAAGAAACUAGCAUGCCUUAUGUAGAUGAUGAUCAGCUUGUGCUGCUUUGCAUCAGUUGUUUGUAAGAUACUCUGAAGGUUCUAAAUGGUUACGGCUGUAAAUCCUGAUUAGCAAGAAAAGGGAAAUAAAAGGCGAUCGAGAUUGCUAACGUAAGUAUAUUGUGGUCUUACCUUGUUAUUUGACCUAGUCUUGUAAAAUAUACUUUAGAUGUUUAAAUGGUUAUGGCUGCAAACCCUUAUUUGGCUAUAGGGAAGAAUAAGAAUUUGUGAUUUGGAACAUACUUACAGCUAGAACUUCUAUGAACGGAUGAUGAGGUACCGCUAGAACUUCUAUGAAAGUUCUAUCAGAAAUGAUUUUGGCAUUGAUUUUGGAUAUUAUCAUUGUAACUCUUUAAGAAAGCACCCAUCAUCGUGCCACACAUUGCAUAAAAGUAUUGCGUCAUUCUGUAUGAAAUACUUCAUAAUAGAAUAUUACUCGAAUGCUUUAUAUUUC